AUGGACGUCGACGGCGCUGCAGCAGACGCUGAGGCGCUUGUGUCGGGCCUCUCCGCGGCGGAGCGCGACGCGCUGGCCGCAGCGCUCGCGGCGGGCCUGUCCUGCGACCCCAGCUUGAGGCGCGCGUGCGCUGAGGGCGCGGCGAUGCUGGGCUUCGCGCCGGCGCUCAUGCAGGCGCAGGGUGCGGGGGGCGGCGGGGAGCAGGAAGAUGCAGAGGCCGCAGAGGGGGCACUGCGGGUGCCCGAUUUGCUGGCCGAGCGCGCGGCCGAGAGGGCCGUUGCGCUGCUGACGGGCGCGCUGCGACGGCAGCGCGCGGCGGCGGGCGCCGCGCCGGCCGCGGCCGCGGCCGACGCGCAUGCCGCCGCCGGCAGCGCGGAGGAGCGGGGGUUGCUACUGCUGGCGCCGGUCGCGCUGGCGGGCGCAGAGGCGCGGGCCAUGCAGCUGCCGCUGCUCAUGUUGGAGGGCCUGGCUGCGGCGGCUGAUGGUGCGGCGCUCCUGGCUGACGCGACCGCAUGGGGGCUGCAGCUGCUCGCAGCAGCCCAUGCGGAUAUCGAAGAGGGAGGGGAGUCCACGCGCGGCGCCGGCGCCGCCUCCGCCACGGCGCCGCUGCGGGUCCCGCCCGCGCAACGUCGCGCGGCCGCAUCGCUGCUGCCACACGCGCGCGCGCUGCUGCGCCGCGCGGAGCGCGCGUGUGCCGGCGGCGCGCUCGACCAGGCGGCGCUGCAGCAGCUGGCCUGGCUUCUGCAGGCGGUCGCCGGCGGCGCGCCGCUGCGGCGGGAGGCGGCUGCGCGGCAGCUGCUGCCGGCGCUGCUCCACGAGCUCUGGUUCCGCUGGCAGGGCGGCGCAUGCGCGCUGAUGGCAGUAGGCAUGACCACAGGCAGCGACCGCAGCGGCGGCGCGGCGGCGGCGCAGCACGCCGCGGCGCCCGCGAUCGCCGGCCCGGUUGCGCUCCACUCCGCCGGCGAGACGGCCGCAAUUUUGGCGCUCCUGGACGGCGGCACGGCCGACGUGCGCACCAAGGCGGCGCGCCUGCAGCAGCUGCGCCUCGCGGCGAGGCACCUUGCGCGGCGGCCACAGGCGCUCGUUUCGCCGGGCGCCGCCGCGGCCUCGACGGCGGCGGCGGCCGUCGCAGACCCUGAGUCGCGCGCGUCUUGGCGCUGCCUGCGCGCGCUGCUGGCGCAGGUGCUGCUGGCACACACGACCAGCAUGCCCUCUGCGGACGCGUCGCGGCGCCUGCGCGCGGCCGCCCUCGCGCUUGCGGCAUGGCCGGAGGGCGCCGGGGCCGACGGCAGCGCCGCCGCGGCGGCGCUGCUGUCUGAGCUGGCGGCGCUGCUGGAGGGCAGCUGCCACGACACCCUGCGGGAAGCCGCCCCGCAGCUGCUGCUGCCCUGCAUCGAAUCGGCCCUCCUCCAGGGCGGCGGCGGCGGCGGCGGCGGCGCGUGGGAGCGGCGCCUUUCUGCGCUGGGCCGCGCGUGGGCGCUGCUGGGCGCCGCGCGGCUGCAGCUCGUCGCGCCGCCCGCGGGGGUGGACCCGGCCGGCAAGUACGGCCUCAAGCGGGACGCACUGCUGGCUUAUGUGCAGCACAUGCUGCAGCUGCUGCCCGGCGGCCCCGACGCUGCGCCCGCGCUGUCCGACGCGCUCUCCCGCCGCGCGGCCGCGCUCGGCGCCGCCGCGCGCCUCGCACCGCGCUGCGUGCCGCGGCCGGACCCGCCGCGGUACCUGGCGCUUCAGCAAGAAGUCGCCGCCUUCUGCCGCGGCCUGGGGCGUCCGCAGCGGCUGCUGGCGAUCGUCGCCGCGCUCGCGCGCCCCGAGGCGGCGGCGGCUGCAGCGGCGCCGCAAGGGGCCCUCCAGGAGGCGGACAUGUGGGCCGGCAGCGCGGAGGGCUGGGCGGCGCGGAUGCCGGAGCAGUACCCUGGAUAUGAGGAUAUCUGCCAGCCGGUGCAGCUCGCGGUGGCGGAGGCCUGCCACGGCCUCGGGCUCAUGCGCGCAGCGGCCCGCGGCGGCGGCGGCGGGGGCGCCGGCGCCGGCGCCGCGGCCGCGCUAACGGCGGGCCUGCUGUCGUUCCCGGCGCCGACGGCGCGCUCCGCUGCGCUGCUGGACACCGCCGCC